AUGAAUUCGAAUCCGACUGCUAUUGCUAAUGGUACAGGUGCUGGUUCACGUUCAACAACAACGAAUCGUUUAUUACGUUCAACAACAACAACAACAACAACACUUGGUUCACAUUAUCAAAUAGGUCGUAUAUUAGGUUCAGGCAAUUUUGGUGAAAUUCAUUUAGGUCGUAAUACAGAAACACACGAACAUGUUGCUAUUAAAUUAGAACAAACAUCAACACGUACACCACAAUUAGCACAUGAAUAUCGAUUUUAUUCAGUGUUAGGUAAACAUGAUGGUGUACCACAAGUACAUUUUUAUGGUCAAGCUGGUCCAUGUAACGCACUUGUUAUGGAAUUAUUAGGACCAUCAUUAGAAGAUUUAUUUGAUUUAUGUUCAAGACGUUUUUCAUUAAAAACAGUUUUAAUGAUUGCUUUACAAUUGUUAGAUAGAAUUGAAUAUGUUCAUUCAAAAAAUCUUAUUUAUCGAGAUAUUAAACCAGAGAAUUUUUUAAUAGGACGCGGUAGUACAAAUCGUCAACAUAUUAUACAUAUUGUUGAUUUUGGUUUAGCAAAAGAAUAUCGAACAAGUGAUGGAACACAUAUACCAUAUCGUGAACAUAAAAGUUUAACUGGUACUGCUCGAUAUAUGUCGAUUAAUACACAUCUUGGUCGAGAACAAAGUCGUCGAGAUGAUUUAGAAGCAUUGGGUUAUAUGUUUAUGUAUUUUCUACGGGGUAGCCUACCGUGGCAAGGUUUAAAAGCAGAUACAUUGAAAGAACGUUAUCAAAAAAUAGGCGAUACAAAACGCUUUACAACGAAUGAAAUGUUAUGUGAAGGUUAUCCUCGUCAAUUCUUAAUCUAUAUGCGAACUGUUCGUCAAAUGGAAUUUGCUCAAGAACCUGAUUAUGAUGGAUUACGACGAUUAUUUCAUAAUGCACUUAGUGAAAAUAAUCUUAUUAAUGAUAGUGAUUUCGAUUGGGUUAAACGUUUACAAGAACAUCGAUUAAAUCGUAGUAAAACAGUAACAACAACAGCUACUAAUACAACUAUAGCUGGUGUGACAUUAACUAAUGUUCCAACAACAUUAUCAACUGGUUUAAAUAAUGGUAAUACAAAUAAAAAUACAACUACAGUAACAAAUCCAUCGUCAUCAAUUGUACAAACACCAACGACUCGUAAUAAUAAUAAUAAUAAUACGACUAAUGAAUCUCGUAAUCGUUCAACAGUUCAACGUAAUGCAUAUCAACAACGUCAAUUACCAUUAAGCUCAACAAAUCGCUCAACAAAUCCAACAACAGCAACAUUAAAUGGUGGUUCAAAAACAACUUUAUCAAUGGCAAGUACAAGUAAAAUUCAACUUACAUUACCAUCAUCAUCAUCAUCGCGUACAGCUAUCGAAAAUCAUCGACCAGGACCACCACCAACUAAACGUCGUGGUUUAAUACCACCACCACCACCAUUACCUUAUUAUUCUUAUAAUCAUACACAUCAACAACAACAAUCAGCUAAUGUAAAUAAUUCUAAUAAUAUACAUAUUAGUAAAGAACAACAUUCAUCUAUAAUUGGUCCACCAUCAGAACCAACAUGUUGUUUUUUUAAACGUAAAGCUAAACGUGCUUUACAAAUAACAUCUACUACACCUCGAAGAACUUAG